GUGUGCCCUAUUACAUUAGGUGUCGCCAUCAGAGUGCAACUUUACAUCAUGUGUGCCCAUCAGAGUACUCCUUUUACAUCAGUUUUGCCCAUCAGAGUGCUCCUUUAUAUCAGUUGCCCCCAUCAGAGUGCCCCUUUACAUCAAGUAUCCCCAUCACAUUGCCACCUUACAUCAGGUAUUCCCAUCAGAGUGCCCCCUUACACUCAAAGUACCCAUUUCUAUCAUAUUUCCCCAUCAGAGUGCCCCUUUACAUCAUAUUCUCCAUCAGAGUGCCCAUUUCCAUCAUGUGCCCAUCAGAGUGCCCCUUUCCACAGUAUGUGCCCAUUUGUGCCCCCUUAACAUAAAAUGGGCCCGUCAGAGUGCCCCUUAACAUA